AGUUUUGUUUACAUGUCACAUGCAAUUUGGUAAGUGUUACAGAGUUCAGUUUGGGGGUAAACGUUUUUAACAUUUAGUGGCACAUUACACGAAGACACAGCCUACACAUACAUAUACAUAGAACGCGUUUUAAUUUUGUGAUAAAAUCGUUACCGAUAUUUGAAUUAGCUAGCAUAGCUAACGAGCUAACGUCGGUUAGCUAACUAUAAGUUUCGGUUUCCUAGGAGGAGUUGUCAGUUAGUCAGUUGAAGUUGAUGCAGGAGCUCUGUGAAGACCCGCAGCAUGUUCCCCCGCAGCGCUGCACCGAGGCAGCGGUCAGCCUACCCGAACGGCCUUUAUCCGCCACCGCCAGUGCCCCGGUGCUACGAUUACAACCACCAGAGCCAGACUGGUGUCAACAACUUUUAUGUCCCUAGACUAGAAAGGUUGCCUGCAUAUGAAUGGAAUCCCAGACCACUAUCUCCAGUCCCUCCACGGAUUCCUCCUCGAGUCCCUCCUCCUCACACACAAACCAUGACCAAUGGGCUCAAGAGGACGAAUGAUGAAUUCAGCCCCAAUGUUGUGAAGCGCCAACGCCUUGACUCCCCAUCGCAUCCCUUAAUAGGCUCCCCUGUAUCACGGACCCCUCCCCCACAUCAUCCUGACCAGCCAGUGCCCUCGACAUCAAGAUUACCUUAUGGUUAUGAUGGUUGCUAUCCGAGCCCACGUGGCCAUACCCACCCUCCAGUGUCUGCUGUCCCAGAUACCUCCAGUGGCCUGAAGGUCUGCGCUAAGGACAAGUUAAGCACUCAGAUGGUGGAGCUGUUUGAGGCGUGCCAGCAGCAAUUGUGCGAUUUGGCCCGGAAGGAGGUUAUCAGGACUCGGCUGCAAGCAGACAUACAGACUAACUAUCCAUUAUCACGGCUUUACUUGACUGGAUCUUCUAUGAAUGGACUCGGCUGUCGGAGCAGUGAUGCUGAUCUGUGUCUGGUCAUUAAGGGAAAUAAAAAACAUGAGCCUAUUCACGUACUCUCUGUACUCCAGAGGUCUUUCAAGUCACUGUCAUAUGUGGAGAGGACUCAGCUGAUCAGAGCUAAAGUGCCGAUCCUCAGGUUCAGAGAGAGAGGCAGUGAUCUGGAGUUUGAUCUGAAUGUCAACAACACAGUGGGCAUCAGAAACACAUUCCUUCUGAGGAGUUAUGCCUAUGCUGAUCUCAGGAUAAGACCCAUGAUCCUUGUCAUCAAGAAAUGGGCACGGCACAAUCAAAUCAACGAUGCCAGCAAAGGAACGUUAAGCAGCUACACACUCGUGCUGAUGGUGCUGCACUACCUCCAAACUCGCAGAAACCCUGUCCUUCCCUCUCUACAGAAGGACUACCCAGACUGUUUUUAUCCCUUCUUGGAAAUUGACGCUGUUCCAGAGGGACCCAAACACAUCCCCCCCUACGUGUCAAGAAACCAGUCCUCUCUGGGCGAUCUUCUUCUGGGCUUUCUCAAAUACUAUGCCCAAGACUUCAGGUGGGACAGGCAGGUGAUCUCUGUUCGAGAGGCCACGGCUUUUUCGAAGAACAACUCUAAAGAGUGGAGAAACAAAUUCAUUUGUGUGGAAGAGCCAUUCGAAAAAAAUAAUGUUGCCAGAGCAGUCCAUGAGAAGAUCAAGUUUGAUGCCAUUAAAGCUCAGUUUGCUGAGUCAUAUCGGAUACUACGGGACAAGAAAGACCUGAACUCGAUCCUCCCAGUCAGAAACAUCAUGGACAAGGAGUCGUCCAGGACAUAAGGGGCUCCCCUAAUGAGACGAUCGGGCGGGAGUCUUCUACCUCAGGAUGGGCCUGUCUGCAGAAACAAAGAGAGAGCUUUUGGUUGUGAUGCGAGAGGAGCCCCGCUGCCUCCGCACCUCACAGCUAGAAAGACUCUGAAUGCUCUGGCUGCCUUGGUAUCAGUCACAUACUGUAUUUCCUGUGAAAUACGUAUCCAUAAAACUGCACUCAAUUUCCAAUGCUUCGCAGACUUUGCCAAAUGAUUGAAACUGAUAAUUAAAAAUAUAUUUUUUGUGGAUGGACACCAUCAUCCUGUCACAUAAAGUGGUCAGUGGUAUUAGAAAUGGUUGUUUCCGCUGCAUGGUCAACUUAACAUUCCCGAGACGAAGUUAAAGGGAUGGUUUUGAUUUAUUGAAGUGGGGUUGUAUGAGGUUCUCACCUAUAGUUUGUGUGUGUAUAUACUACAGUAGAUGGUGAUCAGCACAUCCCAAAUUUGAAGAAGCAGGAGUAUCGGCACGGAAGCUGAACAAUGUGCUGGUGUGGAUGGCGGCUGCAAAACACAUUUUAGUCACCUAAAAAAUCAAUAUCUCUUUAAAUGCAUGAUAUGUGAAGAAUAUUUUCACUGCUUUACCUAUCCGUCAGACAUCACUUUUCAACAGGAUACUGAAGUUUUUCUCUGCUCUCCUUAAAGCCACCAGACCAAAACUGUAUUUUCACUUUGUAGAACAAAGGAGCUGCUAAUCUACUGCUCCCUCGAUUGCUUAGUUUGUUUGUGUUAUAUCAAGGAAUAGCUACCUUUUCAGGUCACUUGAAUGCAUUUAGCUGCUGCCACCGUCCAAAGCAGUACAUUUCUAAUUUGCUGUGUGGGUACUCCUGCCGGCUUCUCCAAACUGUUGCGUUCCAACUGCAAUCCACCCUAUGUAAAACACUGACUAUGGAUAAGUACCUCAUACAGCCCCUUUAAAAAUCUGAGAUAUCCCUUUUAAAUAUAUUGACAAAGUAGAAAAAGACAAAAAAAAAUACCUGCACUCUGCUCAUAUCUGAAGCCAACUUUAAAAGGAAACGACAGCGUUAAGGUUUGACCAAUCUCAACCAAGUUUAUCUCUGAUCUCAGUUUUGGUUUAAUCCACUUGCUAGAGCCAAGUAGCAAAGUUUAGAAGCUGCCAAUAAUUUGCUUCUGCCACAUAUAUGUACAGUAUAUACAGUAUAUUGUCUUCAGUCUGUCUGGACCAACUUGUAACAUCAAAGCCUUUUUUCUAUUUUUCUAAGUCAGUAGUGAAGCUAUUGUGGGUACAAACGUUUUUCUACAGCUGCAUUAAAUGCCCUUUUUUCAUUAUCACCAUCUAAGGUUUCUAAGUUCCGUUGAAAACGGAUGUUAAAACAAUGUAUAAGUUGUCAUAAUAUAAGUGAUAUUGAGGUGAUCCUUAGAGGGCUGUAAAGAGGUCAAACUGGUUAUUGUCAAUCUUUGUUUGUUUGUGUUAUUUCCCCUAAACGGGUGUCAGGAUGUUCAGUAUCUGCUUCAUUUAUUUGGACAAACUGAUGUUUCACACUCAUUUUUGGUUCAGUUAAUGUAUAAAUUAUUAGAAGAACUUACACUUCAGUGUGACUUUUUCCCCUUUUGGUUUAUAUUUUCCUCAGCUCUUUUUGUACAUUUUUGUACAUUACUGACUUUAAAAUGUUUAUUUAAAAAAAUUAAAUCUCUGAAGAUGUAUGAUUGUUUUCACUCUAUAUUUUUGCUGAAUUCUUGGGUGUUCCAAAAUCAUAUUAAAUGGUAUAUUGGA